CGCGUUAGUACCACCGCCAAAAUAAGGCAGAUGUUCAUGCAAAAGGCAAUAUUUUAACAACAGUGUUUUGUAACUAAAUUAACUAAUUAAAGGUGUUUUAAAAGCAAAUGUUAAGAUGAACUAACAACUAAAAGGUCGCGCGCACAACUGGACACUAAAAAUAGGCUUGGAGCGUGCGACUCAACCGAAAUAAAUGCUCGAAAAAUUUGGACUUAUACGCGCGUUUUUCGCUUGGGCGGCUUAGAUUUCCCCGACCUGGGAAAAGUGCCACAUUUCCAAAAGAAUGGCCACCAGCAACUCUAUUAGGAAUAAAAUAAACAACAGCUACGAAUCAGAGCCAUCUACAGGAAGCGGGUCUUCGCUCAGUGAAAACAAUGAGGGCCCCAUAUCUGACGAGGAGCACAUGAAUUUGCCGUAUCUGAUGAAACCGAAAGUACUGAGUAAUGAACCGACUGGGGUAAACUUGACGCCACCUAGUCAAAAGCCAAGCAGCCAGGAAUCCCAGUUUCGGGGCUUCGGAGAUAGUCCAUAUGGCCAGGUGAACAAGCGUCUAUAUGGGUCUCAACUGCAAAACUUGAAGCUGCCCGAGGUUGAAACUCCUGCCGUCCGUCGCCCCUCGCCGGGCAAAAUUGUCUUUCCCCGGUUCUACGACACCCUCAUCGAGGAGAACAGCUGCAAUGCAGUGGACAUGGCUGUGUCGGUGGCUACUACUUCAACAACGACAACGGGCAGUCUAUCCUUCGAUGGUAAAAUCAAAAGUCUGACUACGAAACCUGAGGAUGAAGAUAAACCAGGGCCCUCUACGGCAAAUCCCCGACUGUCUACUGUACUGGAAACCUCGCUGAACACCUCCCAGCAAAAGUUCAACAACGAACGCUCGCCCGAUCUCUUUGCCGACAGCGACGAGGAUGGGGAAACCGAUGAGCAGGUGGAAAAGGAGCAGCCCACGAGGCUAGAAGAUCUACCAGAGGUGCUGGAGGAGUCGCAGUGCGCUAGCGAUAUUCGCGCUCGGUGCUCCCUGACUGCCCCCACCGAGUCCAGCUUUGUGGAUGAGCAGACGAUGGACCUGUCGGCUACCCAGCUUAACGCCAACGACCCUCGAUCGCAUUUCUUAGAGAACUGCCGGAGAGAGCGGGAACUCUAUCGUCGGAUAAGGCGUUGUCUGCAGGGAGUCCGUCCACCGCCCACGGUUACCACGCCCGAUAUGGAUGUCAUCAAAGUGGUGCUUAGCAUGAAGGCGAACGUACUCAAUUUUCUCUCUAAGGAUACCCCAGCCCUAACGCCCACAAUUGAAGACAGUGGCAUUAGUGAAACGACCUCUCUGUUUCGGCCAACUCACAGUCUCUCGGAGGCUCAAAACAUGGGAUGGCGGGAAGUACUUGGAGUGAGACAGCAUGGACUGAGCUACAAUCUAAACAAGGCUGCCGAACAAAAUGAAUACCUCAGCAUGUCCGUGGUGGACCGAUAUGUAGGUGUGGAAACAGCCACAUCAUAUGUUCGAUCCCCCUCCAGUGCCAAGAAGAGGAACAUGCGUAUGAAAAUGUUAACCCAGUCGCCUGGCAACCGCCUAAGUCACUUGGCCAAGCGACGUGCCAUAUUUUCUUCUGCAAAUCUGGCCACCAACUCACAGAAGCUCAACAACUCGAUUGGACCACAAAUAAUGCUAGACAAAAAGAAAGCGCGAAAUAAAAGGAAGGCCACACCCAAACGAAAGACGCCGGGUAGCAAGAAAAAAGCAGCCCGCAAGACGCCAUCUUCCUCCGCCCGUAAGCGUCUCUUCCGCACCGAUCUCAUUAAACCAGGACCUUCGAGGGAAACCUCCAAGCGUGCCUUAUUCCAAAGCCCAGCCAAGACGCUUCAGCAACACCAACUACUGCCACCCAAGCCGCUAUUCAAGCCAGAGAUUGCGAAUCGCGUGGAGCGAUCGAAGCGGGCUCUUUUUUCGCCGGACCACCAAGGCAGCAGUAAUCAGCUAGAGUCGCUCCUAAAGCGGAAAAGGAACGCCUGCGAUGACGAAGACUCCGCUGAUCUGGCAAGCCAAAGCAACAAGCUGUUCCGGGCCGAGAGCAGUGGGCCCAGUGGGUUGACGCCUCGCGCUCUUAAGAUAAAGAGUCAGAGUUUCUGUAUUGGAGCUGGUUCCUCCACGGCGGGUGUUCAGAUAAAGUUGGCGCAACAGAUAGCUUCUCCCGCUUGUCAACCGCGACUUAGCCUUGGGCAGAGCAGCAGCAGUAGCAACCUGGUAAACUGUUCAUCCUCCUUUGCGAGCGGUACGCCUUUGGCGAGUAAACUGCAGAGAGCGCACUCAGAAAUGAGCGCCACUCCGAAUAGCAGUAUGACGGACAACCAGCGAAAGAAACUGCUUUGGGCUGUGUCACAGGCACUGCAGGAGAAAAAAAUUACCCCGAAGCACGAGCAAUUUCGUCAACAUGCGGCAGAUCUUACGCGCAUUGUGAAGCGCAUUUUCCAGGAAUUCUACCUGGGGCAUUCAUCGAGCAAUAGUGAAACAUUGCUAAGGCUGGCUAAGAAGUUUGCCUUCAGCGUGAUUGCCGGUAAAAAUGCGGAUGACAUUUACCUGCAGGCGCGGAGUCAAGAGAGCGAGGCCAAGCGAUUGUCGAGCACCCGCCUUUCGGGUUACAUUGGCCCCGAGGAGUUCGCCCAGCGUAAGCUAAUUCUUUCGCAAGCAUCUGGAGUUGGAUCCGUACCCUGUUCGGGUCGGUCCUUGCACAAUUUAUUCGGCAGUGAGAACUCCAUUGAUUCAUUUGGCCUAAGUCAAAUGAGCUUGCCAACAAAUACCUGCUCGGAUACGCAAUCGAGUAUAGUGGACCGCAUCUCGGAGGAUCUGUUCUGCAAGGAACGGCAACCCAUCCGUCCCAAUCCUACGCUGCAGAACAGCUCGUCGAAGAGCAACCUGGGCGGACUGGCGCUACGCGAGAAUAUGGACUGCGAGACUCGUCGGUCGGCACAGAAGAACUUCACCGGCAAGAACCAGCAGAACAUCAGUCCCUACUUUGGGGGUGGAGGAAGUAACGGCUCGGCCCGGAAGUUCCAAUUGCCACCCGUGGGAAACAGCAACCAAUCUGGAGGCAAGGCCAAGCGGCAGAUUUCCUUUGACUGCUAAAGCAGUUGAGUUUAAAGGAUACUUGUUUAAAGAAGUAACGCUUACAGUGGCAAUCAAUCAGCAUGAAAGGAAAGGAAGAUUUUAGAAGUGGCACAGGACCAUCGAAAUUGAAAUCUAUCUUAACGUCUUAGCCACGUAAGCAGAUAAUUUACCACGUUUUUUGUUUGAAUUAUUUUUUGGUUGUUUUAGCUUAAUUUAUUUAGCUGCCAGGUCUCUUUAAAAACAAGCAUUUUACAUAUAAUGGCAGACAACCGUAUAUUAGUUAUAUUUAAAAUACAUCUUGUAUAGAUCUUAUAGAUCGCCUUACCACAGACUCGCCCAAGACUUUCCCUUGAACUCAAAUUUAGUUAAAUUUCCAGUUUAAUUUUUGUUUAAACAAUGGCAUAUAGGAUCUAUAUGGGAUUUAUUUUAUGCGACUCAAGUUUGAUGAAUGCAAUAUUUUCCACUGAAGUUUAGAUGUAUUAAGAACAAAUUGUGCUUAAAAAUUACAAAUUUUAACUAACUAAACCGCGUGUGUACUCAAUGCAACUGAAUUAAGCUGAAAUCAAGUUCUGUAAGAUUGUAAACUGAAAUUAGUAUAAUAAAAGCGCCGCCAAUCAGUAGUAA